CCCGGGCAGCACCUUGGCUCAGCUUUUGGUCCCCUUGCACCAGGAGUGGGCGAAGGCCCCAGCUGCCCCCAGCGCCUUGCGGGGAUGCAGCCGGCUCGCCGAGGCCACCGGCUCCUAGUUAUACAGUAACCUGUUGCUCCGGGUCCCAGCUCCACCUCUCGCUGCCUCCACAUCCCUCCCCUCCUCUCUCCUCUGCCAAGAAACCUCUGUCACCUGCUCUCAGACAACUGGGGCGAGCGGCAGCGGGACGAAAGGGCAGAGGGAGGCCAGCAACACGGGGACCCCCAGGCUGGGGCAGCAGGUGGGCUCUGCCUCGGUCUCUCCUCCAUCGUUUGGGCUGGGGCACUAGGCUCGCAGGCAAAGCGCUGCGCAGGGAGGCAGAGGGAGCUGGGCUGCCGGAGAAUGGCAGCAGGAUUUAACUAGGAGGGCACGGCUAACUGGGAGAGGACGCACGGGAGCCGAGGGAACUGCGGGAGACGACAGCGGCUUCUCAGCACCGUUGCCUGUCCUGUGAAGCGACAUGAGUCUCAAGGGAUCCCUCAGCAGCAAUCCUGGCUCAUCAAAUGGCAGCAUGGGCAGAGCAGACGGAGCCGCCAAGCUGAGCGCAAAGGACCUGUAUGAACAAAGGAAAAAGUAUUCCAACUCCAACGUCAUUAUGCAUGAGACUUCACAGUACCACGUACAGCACUUGGCCACCUUCAUCAUGGACAAGAGCGAGUCCAUUGUGACGGUGGAUGAUGCUAUCCGAAAACUCAUCUUGCUCAACUCAAAAGAGAAGAUCUGGACACAGGAGAUGCUGCUACAAGUGAACGACAAGUCCAUCCGCCUGCUGGACUGCGAGUCGCAGGAGGAGCUGGAGGACUUUCCCCUGCCGACAGUCCAGCACUGCCAAACAGUGCUGAAUCAGAUGCGCUAUUCCUCCAUCCUCCUCCUGGUGUGUCAGGAUUCAGAGCAGCACAAACCUGACAUCCACUUCUUCAACUGCGACGAGGUGGAGGCGGAGAUGGUUCACGAGGACAUAGAAAGUGCCCUGGCAGACCACAAGCAUGGGAAGAAGAUACGGCCACAGACACUCAAAGCAAACCAAGAAAAGAUCAGGCAGAGACAAUCCAUCCUCCCACCGCCGCAAGGGCCGGCUCCCAUCCCGAUCCAGCACGACGUGCGAGGCUCAGGGAUGAACAGGAACCGGGUGGCACCUCCCUCCCAGCACAAUCCAGACUAUGAACGACGAGGCUCCAGCUCUCAUGACCACGAAGAGUCCCGAGCCAUCUUGGCACAGAAGAUUGAAAAAGAAACGCAAAUCCUGAACUGCACUCUGGAUGACAUUGAAGUGUUUGUCGCCAGGCUUCAGAAGGCUGCAGAGGCGUUCAGACAGCUCAAUCAAAGGAAAAAAGGGAAGAAGAACAAGAAGAAAGGGCCAGCAGAGGGCAUGCUGACUCUUCGAGCAAGACCCCCAAGUGAGGCCGAGUUCAUCGACUGCUUCCAGAAAACCAAACUGGCUUUUAACCUCUUGGCCAAACUGAGAAAGCACAUCCAGAACCCCAGCGCUUCAGAGUUGGUGCAUUUCCUAUUUGGGCCACUGGAACUGAUCAUCAGUAGCUGUGGUGGCCCUGAGCUUGCCAAGUCUGUCGUCAGCCCACUUCUUUCUAAAGACGCCACAGAUUUCCUUAGAGGACACCUGACACCAAAAGAGAUAAACCUCUGGGACUCCCUGGGAGAGACAUGGACCAGAUCCAGAGCUGAAUGGCCCCGAGAAGCAAACAUCCCCACCUACAUCCCCAAAUUCCGCAAUGGCUGGGAACCGCCCGUGGAAAUCUUCCGUGGAGCUCCCUGGGAAAUAGACAUUGGACACUUGCAAGAAGAGCUAUCAUCAGCCAAUGGAUAUCCUUACCGUAACUCCUCACUCAAGCGUGGCCAGACCGCUGAUCAGACACAAGCUGUGGAUGCCUUUAAACAGAACGUCACUCAGCAUGUAAAUAGGAAUUUUGAGGCACAGGGAAUGGCUCUGCCGAAGAGAUAUGCCAAAAUCCGCUACGAUUUCACCGCACGAAAUGCCAAUGAACUCUCAGUGCUUAAGGAUGAAAUCCUGGAGGUGUUGGAAGAUAAUAAGCAGUGGUGGAAGUUGCUCAACCGGAGCGGGCAGGCUGGUUACGUCCCUUAUAAUAUCCUGGAUGUGGUGAAACUGGAAGAGCUCGAACAGUCUAACCAGAGGUACAAAGGAGACCUGAGCCCCAGGGGAUAUGGACCAUCCAGCCCAACUCACAAGCUACCUGCCAGCUAUGCUGGGGAUAAAUGGGGAAGUGAAAUGUUAUCGCGCAACUCUCCCCAGGACGCCAAAGAACAACUUAUUCAUCAAAUGGACGAGCUGAAUGAUGAGUUGCUAAAGAAGAUCACAAACAAUAAAAUUCAGCCUCCCCAGAGGAAUUUCAAAGUGGAAAAGCCUCAGCAAGUUUUUGUGCCCCUCACCUUUGAAUCCAGCACUGAAGAAGUCAAAGCUUGGCUGGAGGCAAAGUCAUUCAGCAAAGAGACAGUGGAACACCUUGGUAUCCUUACUGGAGCUCAGCUCUUCUCCCUCAACAGAGAGGAGCUGAAGAAAGUGUGUGGUGAUGAGGGAAACAGAGUAUACAGUAAAAUCACAGUGGAGAAAAACCAGCUGGAGAAAAGCAGAGGGGAGUCAGAGCUCCAAGAAAUCAUGAAGCGUCGCCAGGAAAGGAUUGAUUCUGCUAAUUAAAAUCUAUCUGCUUUAUUUCAGCUAUUAGUCAUAGUAGUGCAGAAAAAGGGAACGAAAGCAAUGACCCCCAGUCCAGACAAGAGACAGCAGUGCUCCACUUAGAGAUGUAAUAGCCAUCAAAGUGACAAUUUCUUGAACACUGUUGAUAAGGGUAGACAAUAAGACCACGUCCCAUUGGGAAAGGUGUUUUAAUAUUGCAUGAAGUAUUUUUUUUUUUUAUAACUAUAUAUUUUAUACUGAAAUUUUAUGUGCAUGCGAUCAGAGCAGAUCAGAAUUCACACGUGUCUGAAUGUAUGACAAUGGCUGGAUUCAAGCAAAAAAGACUCCGCAAAGCUUUUCUCAUAGGGCUGUACCUGCUCCCACCCUCCUUGCCUGCGUGGCUCAGGAAGAGAGGGCAUGGCACAGAGCGCAGAACAAGCCAGCCUGAAUGUUUAGAGUCUGGACCACAGAAAUAAGUCUUUUCCCCCACUUUUCAUUUCCUUCUCUGUGGCAGAUAUCCCCCGCAGCCUACUAGCAAAGGCCCUGUGACAAUUCACUGUCCUCCUUCUGUCCCCUCCAUGCCCCCUCGUUGGACGAGGCUGGAAUUGCAACACACAUGACCUAAGACUGGCUGCUUCCUUAAAUACGUGUACCAGUUAGUGCUGUCUUUGAACAGUGGAAAUGGGCUUUCACUGCCUAAUAACGAGGAGAAUCCAAGAUUUGAAUCUGCAAAUAGGUGAGCUCAGCCUGAUCACGCCUGCUUACGCAAAGGCUGAGGCUCAGGGCAGCUGUGCAGCCCUUCACCUUGGCACUGAUCCUGUAUCGGAAAGUUGCAGUAUUGCCAAAGCCAGGCCUCAAACAAGGAGACAAUAAGCCCAUACCAUUUGCUCCCAACCCAGUCACACCCAAAGCCCUUCCCAGGGUGUUCAUCACUCAUCCCCACCUUCACAUUUUCACUGCAAAGAGUAAUCUGAAAUGCUUCCUAAAUACCUAAGAAACAAAAACACACUUGGAAAGGUUGUUUUAAUACAAAACAAAUGGCCACAAGAAAAAAAAAACAGUAUCUAGUAGAGGCUGUUGUUCUUCACUUCCUGGUUUUCCUAAUAAUGCUAUGUGCAUAUGUAUACAUAUAUAUCUCUCUAGUGAAAUACCCCCUCACUCUUACAAUCUAUAACUGGGGAGGAGGAAAAAAUCCCUUUCCCUAGAGACAUAAUUAAGUGAUCAUGCAUCAAUAAUUCAGCCAAAGUUUUAAAAGCUGAAGCAAGCAUAUAGUAGAUUUCCUGUCCACAGCAAGUUUGGCACACACGGUAUUUAUAUCUACAUUUUACUUACAGACCAACUUGAUAAGAAUGCAGUAAAGCACACACAUCUAUAGGAACUGCUCACAGACUAGGAAGACUUUGUCUUUCUCUCCCAUUCACACACUCUCACUUUGGUUGAAUGGGAAUUCAGGCCCAGACUCCACAAAGACUUACACAUAUGCUUUCCUUUACAUGCUGUGAAUGGUCCCACCUUCUUUAAAGGUUAAGCAGGUGCCUAAGUCUUUGCACAAUUUGAGCCUGUUCUUGCACAUUUAAUGGAAAAAGCUGUACAGCUCUAAAGCAGUGGCUGGGGAACACGUGUCUAAAUCUGAGAAUACUGAUGCACCUCUCAAUUUUGGCUUUGUUCUUCCAAAAAUGUUUCUAAUGGAUGAUGUAUUUUCUUAAAUGUUGAAAUAGGACCAGCAGUAUUAGGGUGCAGGCAGGGAACUUACAGAGGAGGAUCAUGUUUUUAGUCACAACCCUGCUGGCUUGCCACAGUGGUUGGAAUUUGCAAAGGGCACUCACCUUGUCAGGGAAGGAUGAAGACAACAAUCCUCCUGAGAAGCCCGGGCUCUGGAUUAGGGUGGAGAUGGGAAGCAGGUGUGAACACUGGUAAACCAUUGGCGUUAGAAGCACAGGAGGCUAAAUAAUUUCUAAAAUGAAAAUAAAAACAAAUGAUGAGCUAGGAAACACACCAUUCUUGUCUUCAGGUAUAAAGGAAAACAAAUCACACAGAAUUAUAGUUACUUGGGAUUAUAAUAGAAGCGUACACAACAGUUCUGUAAAGCUGGGAGCCAUGGGAGCAUUUCGUAAAAUAAAUAUAUCAGUAGACCUUAUUGCAGAAGUCACUUUUAAAAAUUUCCAUAUGACUGAGCUGUGCAUCUGUUAUAUUUGUACUGCCUGCAGAUAAUGCUAUAAUGUACUGUACAUUAAUGUAAUUGAACGAAGGAUAAAAUGAUAUAACCAUGCACUGUAUAAGAUUUAUUAAAAUAGUUAAGUUAU